UUUGAUUAUGGAAAAAACAGAGUUACAGAACAGAGUUGUUGAACUUGAAAAGCAAAAUGCUGAGUUACUUGCCAGGCAUGAAGAAAACUGUAUUACAAUCACCCAGCUUACAGAAACUGUCCAGGAAGUACAAGGACAAUUGUAUACUAGCCAACAAGAAGGAGCUCAUCUUUUACUACAAUUGAAUGAAAUCAGGGCUCAACUUACACUAGUGGAAACAGAGAAGUCACAGUUGGAUGAGAAAAUGAAAGUCAUUGAGUCAGAUAUGGUUUAUAAAAAGGCUGGCAUGACAGAUUUACAGAAUGAACUAUUAGAGAAGUCACAACAGAUAGCAGCUUUGUCUCAGCAAAUACAACAGUUGACAGGACAGUUGAAUGCUGAACAGUGCAAUCACAGUCAAACACAAGCAGAAAUGAAAUUAUGUCACAAUGAACUCAGUAAUACACAGAAUGAGCUGAAACUUAAGCUGGAACAACUUGAGACAUUAAAAUUGCAACUGAAGAACAUAAGCAGCAAGAAUGAGGAUUUGGAAAAGAAAUUAAAACAAAAAGAAAUGAUGGAAGCAAAUUUGAGAGAUGAAAUUGAUGCACUCCAAUCAGAGCUUACUUUAUUGAAAGAGAAUAAUGAAAGUUUACUAGAAGAAAGACAGCAAUUGGAUGAGGCUCUUCAAGGGAAACUGUUAUCAAAAGAGAAGACAGCAUCAGACUUAGAAACAAAAAACAAAACAUUGAAAUCAGAAAUGACUGCUAAGAAUAAACAAAUCAAGGAACUAGAAAAAGAGAUUAGAAGUCUAAAAUCUAAACUAACUUCUGAAAACAAAGCUUUAGGAAACAAGAAUGUGGAAAUUACUAAACUUCAGUCAGAUUUGGAAGCAGAGAUGUCAUGUAAGACUGAACUAGAGUCAAAAAUUAAAGAACUUGAGGAAUAUGUUGAAAAAAUACAGGAAGACUUGAAAGCUGCAGAAAAGAUUGCAACAGAAUCUAAGAAACAUGCAGCAAAGUGUCAGUCUGAGAAGGAACAGAUGUUCUCACAGUGUGAAGGUCAAAGGACAGAAAUGAGUUCUAUAAUGCAGGGUUACAAGACUGACCUGGAUAAAAACUUGUCAAAGAAAGAGAAGGAGGUUGAGACAUUAAAAAAUAAAAUUGAAACAAUGAAAACAAAACACAAGAAAGAGGUUGAUGACAAAGUUUCAAAGCUAAAUAGUGAAAUAGAGCAGCUGAGAAAAACCAUUUCUGACUCAGGAUAUCAAAUGGAAAGCUUGCAAAAAAACUUCAGUGAGAAAGAAAACAAAGUACAGGAACUUGAGAAAGAGAAUUUACAAAAGGAUGAAGAGUUGAAAGGUUUACAGGAAGAAUUAGGAAAGAUGUACAUUAAGAGUACUACUACCAGUGUAGUUCAAACAAGUCCAUUUCCAGAUAAAACAUACCAGAAACAAGGUGGAAGUAAAAUCCCUACACCAGUUGUACCUCCUAGGACACCUCAGAUCAUGCCAACAGUUUCGAGCAGUAUAUUGAAGACACCAGCUUUACUUAAAACACCACAGACAUUGAGGACUCCAUCCAGUGUAAAAACUCCACAGAGAUCCAUUCUUAAACAGCUUUCUGGAAAUUCUGCCUCCAAAAAAAGAAGAGUUGUUUUUGCAUCAAAAGCUGAUGAUGAAAACUCUGAAUCUGGGGAAUCCUCAUCGUUUGAAGUUAUGGAUAUUGAAGAUGGAAGGAAUGGGAAGACCUGUACAACACCUUUAAUACUGAAACAUUCACCGAAACCAACUACACCAAGAAUGGACAGUAAUAAGAAAAAUUCAUCAAUACCUCUAAGUAGAACUCCGAGAGGACCCCCUGUUGAUCUCAGCAAGAAGAAAAAAACAAAACUUAAAGAGAAUGAUAUUAACAUGAUGGCUGAUGAUGAAGAAAUGCCCUUGAUAGUAGCUGACAAAGUGAAGGACAAGAAAGAGAAACCAUCAUCCGUUAGAAAAGCACCAAACAAGAGUGCAGGAAAGUUUUUCAAGAGCAGUCCAAAACAACGGAAGGAUGUGAAGAACACAGAUAUGUCUUGGUUUGAAAAUGAUGAUAUUUUCGGAUUUGCACUUGAAGAUUAACUUAUUUUUUUGUAGAACAUUCUCAUUUAAAACAAAGAUAACUUUAACUUUAUUGAAAUAGUCUAGAUAAAGAAUUUUUGAGAUUUUGUUUCGCUGAAAAUAUUACUUUUGGGUUUUCAAAAUAAUAUAUUAUGAACCUUUGUACAUGUAUAUACAGCUGCUGCGAAAAAGCUCUAAUGUUUUAGGGGAAAUGAUAUGAAUUGUCAGUACACAAUAUGAAGAUAAUAAAAAUAUCAAAUAUUGAAGAAUAAUAAUAUCUGUCAUAUGUUUCGGUUAAGAUAGGAAUAUCCUUCCCGAGGGGACGAAGGCCUGCCGAGUUAUCACUCAUGGGCGGGUUCCCGAGGGGCAGAUAUUCCGAUCCGAACCGCAAACAUAUAUCAGAUAUUUUUUCUUGCAUAUUCUGCCAUAAUAUUUCAUAUUUAAAAUGCCUUAUCUCAAUAUGAUAUAUGUUCAUGGAAAUUAAAGUCAUUUCAUCCAUAACUAAUUUCUUACAAUAGCGUAUGAACUUACAACUUAAAUAACAAUGGUGAAAUGAUGUCAUCCUAAGCACAUAUUUCCCUUCUAAAAUGACGUCAUUUUAACGCAGUUCAUUCAUAAAGUGCGCUAAAAUGACGUUGUUUGGCACGCGACUCAUCUGGCACCCCCAUGCCAGAUGAAAUUUCCGGCAUGGGUAAAACUCACGGAAACGCCAGUCUGCUAUGCAAGAAAGAAUAAAUGAAACCAGUAUCAGGGAUGAAUUUUUUGGUUGACAUCAUUAUUCAGUGUUUUUUAUCUCACAAUUAUUUUGAUCAUACAGCAUUUUAAUAUAUUUUUCAUAUUACCUCAUAUGUAUCACCAUCUAAGAUUUCAGUAGCUUACGUAUUAAAGUAUAAAAUUAAUUUUAACUUGUGAUAAGAUUGAUCUGAAAUGAAAUAUCAUUUAAUGAUUGUUCUUUAGAGGAUUUAUUGUUUUUAAGAAAUCUCAUAGGUUACACUUACCGAAGUUCCUCAUUUUCUAUCAUUUAUUGACCAGUGUCUGAGAUAUUUGGUAUCUGGUACCUUGCAUGGUUCUCUACCCUUGGACAGUCAGGUCAAGGUCAGUACGACUACUUUUCCUUUUAGAGCUUUAGUUUAUGUAUGUAUUUAGUUUGAAGUUUCCGUUUACUGACUUCUUCCCUUUCAUGGUGUUUACAUUGGGGACAAUUUCAUAAAGACUAAAAAUUGACUUUUUUCUACAUUCCCUAAUAAAGCAGCCAUUCAUUUACUUGUGUAAGAUAUUCUGUAUUAAACUAAUUUGUAUGAACAUCUAUCUAUUAAUGGGGUUUGAAGUAGAUUGCCAUAAUUUGGUUAUGGUCAUGUGUGCUAAAAUUCAUUUGAUACUUUUAUAUUAUGUAAGUUUUUUAAAUAUACUAAUGCAGCACAUUUGUGGUCUAUCAGUGUCACUGGUAUUCUUGAUUGUUAAACUUGAGUUAUUUGAAGUUACAUUGUACAUUGCAUUUGUGAUAUCAGUUUGUUUAAUGUGAUUGUUAUAUGAUGUAUUUUUCUCAGCCUUGUCAAUGUUAUACUGUGAUACUUUACUGUAACAAUUUGGUACAGGUAGUGAUUUACAAUAUCUUACCAUAUUUCUGUGAUAGUUUUGUUUUGAAAUGUUAUGAAUAAAGUAAAACUGAAAAGUAU